AUGGAAACAUUACUAAGUUACGUGUACACAGCCAGAUUGGUUAUAUCAGACCAUAAUGUCCAAGAAAUCCUAGAGGCUGCAAGUCUCUUUCAAAUUUUUCCAGUUAGAGACGCAUGCGCAGCGUACUUGAAACGUCAACUGCAUCCAUCUAACUGUCUCGGCUUUCAACGGUUUGCAGAGUCCCACUCAUGCAAUUUUUUACGCAGAGCUGCUGAAGAAAUUGCACUCAUGUAUUUGGAUGAGGUCAGUCACCAUGAAGAGUUCAUCCUUCUCAACUACGAACAUCUACUUGAGUACGUCAGCCACAAAGAUCUUAUUGUCACUAAGGAAGAGAUACUAUACGAGGCAAUUAUGAAAUGGAUCAAACAUGAUAGCAAACGUCGCAUUGAGCACAUAUCACAACUCCUAAAACAGAUUAAUUUCUCAAAGAUCAAGACAGAUUAUUUUAACAGUAAAAUAUUGAACGAGCAAUUACUAUUGGAUCUUCCUAACACUCAAGAAGUUGUCUCGGUAAGUAGACAGAAGCCAGUCCGCGGAAAAGAGGUCAUCCUGCUUCUGAGUGGUAAAACCGGACGACCCAAUCUUCCGAGUCAGUUCAACCAUGAUGUGCUCCAGUACGAUCCAUGCUCCAAAUCUCUGGAGACAAUAAGCUGUGACCCAGAUAGGGAGCCUAAUAGUUUCUAUGAUAGUAUCGCCACUGCGGCCAAAGUCAAUGACCAGAUACUUUUCAUACGUGCUAACAAUGCUUGGUUAUUUGAUAUUCGUACACUGCAGUGGAAUAAAGUAGCACCACCGCUUCGAGGAACGUAUCGCUCGGAAACCAUAUGUGUUGAGCUUGGUGGAUACGUCUAUGUUUUAGGCGGACAUUCAAUUGAGUUUAAUCGUGAGGUUGCAUUUGUUGAGAGAUACGACGCAAAAAGAGAUGUCUGGGAGGUGGUAUCACCAUUGAUAAGAGCAACUCGUGGAGCAGCUGUUGCCGCCUGCGAUGGCAAGAUAUACAUGUUUUGCGGCCAUACUGAAGUCGGCAACAUUGACUUGACUCAAUGUUAUGACCCAGCAACAAAUAUGUGGCAAAUACUAGCACCUCUACCAAUAGAAACAAGCGGUGCAACAGCCAUCACCUUUAAUGACAGUAUCUAUCUCCUUGCUGUCAAGAAUCCAUCAGUCAACCACAACAACCCAUUUCCUGUCUAUAAUCAUGUUUUUCGGUACGAUGUAGCAACAGACACCUGGCAACAGAUGGCAAAUAUGAACGAAGGACAUCGUAGGUGUGCUGCUAUUGUCUGUCAAGGCAAGAUCUUUGCAGUUGGCGGGACCCGCCGUGACUUCACAAGUGGAAACAUGCAGUGGGCAACUACGGUGGAAAUGUACGAUCCUAACGAGGAUAUGUGGGAGACAUGCGAUCAGCUAGCGCACCCGAUAUUCUGCCAUUCUGGAAUGAAAUUCAUCAUUAGUGAUAAAGAGGACAUUGCUGAGGAAGAUGAAAAAACAGAUGAAUCUUAA